GACGCCUGCAGCCCGUAGUCUGGGUCCCGCCCGGGUCCUCUCUUUUUCCUUCUUUUUCCCUUCCCCUCCGGUCUCCUUUCUGCGCCCCCCGUAUGCCCGCCCAGCCCUGCCCCCGCCGCUGAGGACAGGGGGAGGGUCUCGGCCUGCAGGCUCCCGCCCCGCCGGGGCCCGGGCGAGCAUGGGCGGCAAGCAGAGCACGGCGGCCCACUCGCGCGGCCCCUUCCCGGGGCUCUCCACCGACGACAGCGCCGUGCCCCCGCCGGGAGGGGCGCCCCACUUCGGACACUAUCGGGCGGGCGGCGGGGCCAUGGGGCUCCGCAGCCGCUCGGUCAGCUCCGUGGCGGGCAUGGGCAUGGACCCCAGCACGGCCGGCGGGGCGCCCUUUGGCCUCUACACCCCCGCCUCCCGGGGGGCCGGCGACGCCGAGAGGGCGCCCGGCAGCGGAGGGUCGGCGUCCGACUCCACCUAUGCCCACGGCAAUGGUUACCGGGAGACGGUUGGCGGUCACCAUAGAGACGGGAUGCUGUACCUGGGCUCCCGAGCCUCGCUGCCGGAUGCUCUACCUCUGCACAUCGCACCCCGGUGGUUCAGCUCGCACAGUGGUUUCAAGUGCCCCAUUUGCUCCAAGUCCGUGGCUUCCGAUGAGAUGGAAAUGCACUUUAUAAUGUGUCUGAGCAAACCUCGUCUCUCCUACAACGAUGACGUGCUGACCAAAGACGCGGGUGAGUGUGUGAUCUGCCUAGAGGAGCUGCUUCAGGGGGACACGAUAGCCAGACUGCCCUGCCUGUGCAUUUAUCACAAAAGUUGCAUAGACUCUGGUUUGAAGUGAACAGAUCUUGUCCAGAACACCCUGCGGACUGACCCUGCUGGGCUCGCUUGCUGACUCCUCUCAAUGGGACAUUUGCUCUUUUUACCUUCACCUCAAAAACUGAGGACGUGGGGUGAAGAAAACGCGAAGGGAAGAAAGAGGCAGAGGGCAUGGAGCCUGGCACCAGCUUCGAGUCCAGAUUCCCAGCAUGACGUUCGGUUCAGGGGGCGCCCCAGCCCGGCCUCAGCAGGACGCACGCGGCCGGCCCUGGGCCCACCAAGCAUGACUGACAUCUUCCGGUCCCCACGGGGACAGCCAGGGCCUCGUUGCUGAGAGGAGGCUUCGGACACUGGGGCAGAGCUGAGCUGGGGACAGCAGUGAAAACAGGGCGCCCUCCUGCACUGACUUCCAGAGAAUGGUCCCCCUUUCUCCCCGAGGACACCAGAUUGGAUGAGAGCCAGUUUGAGAGAAGAAAGAAUCACCCGCUAUCCUUCCCCUCAUCCUCAUCCCAGGAGGGAAAGGGCAUUUUCUUUUUCACCUUUGAAAGGCAUUGUGUGUCUGUCUCUAAAGUGUUUACAAAAAAAAAAAAAAAAUUAUAAAAAAAAAGAGAAAAAAAAGAAAACAAAACAAAACAAGCUCAUGUACGUCUUUAAAAGCAUAAAACGUCAACCAGCAAAAGUGACUGUGAUUUAAUUUCUAUUUAUAUAUCCGUUCAUUAUCUAUACUAUCUUCAGAAAAUCUUAAAGUACGUCAUAUAUUAUUGUAUAAGAAGGAGGCAUCAUGGUGGGAAGUUUAAAACCGAGAUUUAAGUUUCCUUGUUAAUUAUAAAUACCAAUUGCACCUGCCUAACGAAGAGUACCUUGAAACUGAAGAAAUGUCACUAACGUUAUGAUAACGAGUUUGGAAAAACACAUCGGACUUGAAUUAAUAUACUGGCUCCUAAACUGCAAUUUCCACAAACACUGGAAGACAAUUUGAAACCAAACUUUUCCUUUUACCAUCAACAUACCUACUCCGCCUUUCUGACAAUAAAUAUAUCUGACCCUGGAGAAAUAAAACGAUAACUGUGGUC